AUGCAUACUUUGAGGGAAAUUGGAUCACUCGAAACAAAUCCUGGAGGAAAUAACCAGGGCUUGCUGAAUGGGCAAGAUUGCUGUUAUGCGGAACCAUGGUUGACACCAUACUGCGCUGGUACAACUCCUAUGAAGCAAAUUGAAGCAUGUUUACAAAGUGCAGGCCGAGACCGUGUCUCCUACAGCCCUCUUGAACACGCCGAUUCCGCAUCAAUGAGAAUCACAGACUCACCACUUUCGGAAAAUCACGAAAAAAAUACCAACACCGAUCAACCCUUGCCGGUUCAUGAAAAACUCCAAAAUGUUGGCGCUGUUUUAGAAAUGAAAGCUUUGUGGGAUGAAUUUAACGAAUUGGGAACAGAAAUGAUUGUUACCAAAGCAGGACGUAGAAUGUUUCCAACAUUCCAAUGUCGAUUAUACGGUAUGGAUCCUCAAGUCGACUAUAUGUUAAUGAUGGAUUUUGUUCCUGUAGAUGAUAAACGCUAUCGCUACGCCUUCCAUAGUUCGAGUUGGAUGGUGGCAGGUAAGGCGGAUCCAAUAUCACCUCCCAGAAUACAUUUGCAUCCAGAUUCACCAGCACCAGGAGCUCAAUGGAUGAAGCAAGUUGUUUCCUUCGAUAAAUUAAAAUUGACCAACAAUCAACUGGAUGAUAAUGGACAUAUAAUUCUGAAUUCAAUGCAUCGAUAUCAACCAAGAUUUCACGUGUUAUACAUGCCUCCACGAUCGAACAGAUCUGGUGUCUCCAACGAACCAAAAACCACAGAAAACUAUAAAACAUUCGUAUUUCCAGAAACAUGUUUCACUGCAGUUACAGCAUACCAAAAUCAUAGGAUAACUCAAUUAAAAAUAGCAAGCAACCCAUUUGCGAAAGGUUUUCGAGAUUGCGAUUCAGAUGAGUGUAGCUCGGAAGUUAUGACGCAGCUUCAACUUGGUCAACAAGCGCCAACGCAGAGGCAACGGUCCAAAAAUACUCAGAACAAAGAUGAUAGCAGUCCACAUCACACACCCAUAGAUUCAGCCUCGACUCCUCCUACACUGCAACAAUUAUCACCAGUGACAUCAAUCGACCUCAAAUAUCAACAACAGCACCCCCAGACAUCUUCACUUACAUCUUUUACCAGUCCGCAACAUCAAACUCCUUCUGCUCUUGGAAGUCCAUAUGCAGGAGAUCUUUGCAGCUAUGGACCGAUUCAUUCAUCCCAUCAUCAUCUCACAAGUCCAUAUUCUACAAGUCCUUAUGACAAAUAUUCAAGGACGAGUCCAGGGUCGAUGCAACCUCCUGGUGUUUAUCCUGCGAGCAGACCUUAUAGUAUGACCCAACAACCGACUGCUGCCUCGCCUUACCAUCAGGGAUUUUAUGGUCAGGUCACCAGGGCAACUCUUGGUGGAUAUGUACACGACUAUGCUCCGAGAUAA